AUGGAAGCAGGAUAAAAGGAAUUUAAGCCUUUAGAAUAUAAAAGAUCAGUCGUCUUUGCCAAAAAUCUUACUCAAUAUUUUGAUCAUUAAACCAAAAAUAGUAAAAAAUCUCAAGUGCUCAUAGAAGAUCAACUAAGCUAUGAUUUGAUAGUAGCCAGAACUACUAUGAAAGUGUAUUAGGAACAAGAAAUUCAGAAGAUAAUAGGCCCAUAAAAUUUAAGAGUAAAAGCAAGAUAGGCAUGUUUCAAGUGUGCUGUGCUUUAUUAAGUCGGAUAAUAGGAAUUGGUUAUCUAUCAUUUCCAACAAGCCUUGACUUAAGCUAGAUCCUAUUCACUUUAUUUUUAAUGUUCUAUACAAGAAAUAGCUUAUAAUAUUACCAAAAAAAGAGGCUUGGUUAUAUUUAUAACCUCAAUAUAAUUCUUGACAUACUGUUUAUUUCCUUGUGCACACUUGACAACUGCAGCUUCUGGCACUGCAAGUUUAGUAAAAACUUACUAUGAUAAUUUCGAUAAAUACUAGUCAGAAAUAAUAAUUGGUAUUUGCAUGUUUUACUGCUUGAUAAUCUUUUUUUUCAUUCAAUUUGUUUGGAAGUUAGCAGAAUCUGAAGUGAAAGCAUUACCUGUAUUCUAAAAAAGCUCUUAAGACUAUGGAGAAUUAAUGAUGCCCAUCAUUGCUUAUUCAUUUCAAUUUGAGUUAUCCUUGAUCCCUGUUUAGUGCUAUCUAAAGCUAAGUGACUAAAAUGGACUUAAAGGAUAUAAAGCUUCCAUAAUAAGCUUGACUGCUGCCACUUUCUACUAUACUCUUAUCUUGAUUUUUUGCUAGUUAUGCAUCCUAAUUGAUGAACUGUUAAGGUCAUCUCUAACCAAUCAUGUCGAAAAGCUAAAUUCGUAUAAAUAGUCAACUAUUUAAAUGGAGCAUGACAUAUCAAAUAUCUUAGAUAAUAGAUGUAAUGAUGAAAUCAGUUCUGAUUAACUUAAAAAAUCUAGGACAAGAUUUAUCACCUCAAUAGAGAUUACGGAUGAUUAAUGUAAGUCGUUUAUGGUGGGUUUGAAAGAAAAAAAAUACUGGAUGGCUUAUAUGGAUAUGAAAAAGAAGCAUAGAUUAAUCCUAGGUUUCAUUCUAUUUUUAGUAAAUGCUAUUAUUCUUUGCGUUAAUGUGGAAGUCAAAGCUAUUGUAAAUUUAUUAGGAUCCACUACCAUCCCACUUUUGAUUUAUGUUUUUCCAGGAUACCUUUAUCAUGAAUAUCACAAACAAGAUAGCUCAUUGAUUUUGAUGAUGUCAAUGAAUCGCUUUCAUUAUAAAUUCUCCCAAAUAUUCUCAAUCUUAGGAGGCUUACUAAUAUUAGUUUACAGUACAAGUUUGAUUUAUAACACAUCAGAUGAGACUCAGAAAUCUGUGUGA